CUCACAAUGGCGGCGGCGUGUUAGCACGAACCAGACGUUGCAAGCAUGCAACGCUGGGCGGCAUUGCUGCUCCUUGUCCUAAACGCGACAGCUUUGCAGCUGCCGUGGCUCGCGUGGCGUGCACUCACGCCUAGACUGCCCGGCGGCCGGAUCGAUGAAUGCCUCAAAAACGCCGCAGCGGUGCAGGUGCCGUCCGCCGCGGCGACGGGCACAGCUAUCAAGUCUUUGUGCUUUGACACGGACAUGGGAGGGCACGUUGUUGCCGUCGUGCGAGCUACUGACGGUGUCGACGCUGCGCGAUUAGCGUCCGCCAUCGGUGCGCAGACCGCGAAGUUAUCUCGGCCGGACGCAGUCGAGGCGGCGACGGGAUUCGGCGUCGGCUGCGUGCCGCCGGUGGGCGUCGCGACCCCAGUCGUCGUCGACGAGGCCGUCGCGGCCCUGCGCGGCCGCGUCGUCGGCGGUGCUGGCGACGAGGCGCGGCAACUCGUUAUUCGCGACGGCGCGGAGCUGCUGCGCCUCUCGGCUGGAAUCCGGGCGGACAUCCGGGGCUCGGGGCGCCCAACGCCGUCGGCGCCGACAUACAGAGCGCAGGGCUUCGACGCAACCGGAAGAAACGUGACAAUCGUGGGCCGCAUCGCGUCGAAACGCCAGAUGGCGAAGAAGCUCUGCUUCGUGUCGCUGACGCCGCCAGGUGGUGGCCGCUGGCGGCCGCUCGGGCGAUUGCUCCCGUACCCGGACGUCGAGCUCCAGGUCAUCCUGGGCGCGACACUGGCCCGACAGCGCGGCAACGACGCUGCAGCAAACGUGAUCCGGCGGCUCCGCGUCGGGCAGGUCGUCGUGUGCGACUGCGUGCCAACCUGGCGCGACCGGCCCUCGGUGAUGGGUCGAUUCAUCGAGCGGUGGCGCCAGGUUCAUAAGAGGCGCCAGAUAGACCUCCGCUGUUCGGACGUCGGGACGGUCCGCGGCUUCGGCGGCGCCGGCGACAAGCCGAGAACCAGACGGAAGGAGCCGGCGCCGCUCCAGUACCUGGAACUCCCGCGAGACGUCGCCCUUCACUACGUGACUGACGCGAGCGAGGCGCCGGCCGCCAUUACCGCAAUCGCCGACGCUGCCAUCGUCGGCCUCGACGCCGAGUGGGAGCCCGACUCCUCCAGCGACACGCCGGCGGCGACGGUGCAGCUCGCAACCAAAGACGCGUGCGUCGUCCUCGACCUCGUCGCGCUCGCUACGAACGAAGGAGGCCUCGCGGCCGCCGACGCCGUCGUCGCCGCGGCGCUGGCGAACGCGGUGCUCGUCGGAUUCGGUCUGGAGACGGACCUCGCGCGGUGUCGACCCUUGCUGACGAGCCUCGACGCGCCGGAGACGCGCGAGCUCCAAGGCACGGCGAGCUCACUCGCCGCCCUCGUCCGCAGGACGCUGGGCCGCGACCUCGACAAGCGCCUGCAGAGGAGCGCGUGGGGCGCGAUGCCGCGGCCGCUGCCCGACGACUGCGUCACGUACGCGGCACUCGACGCCUACGCGUGCGUGAUGGCCUACGACGCGCUCGACGGUGAGCCUGUGGCGCCGGCCACGGCCGCGCGCGACCUGCGCGUGACCGAGGAUGUCGUGGAGCGGUGUUUGGGGAGAGGCCGCGACCGGAAGCGCGGCGAACAUCCCAAAGACGCGGCGUUGUCGUUUUUAUCGGGCGAGGAGGCGGUCGGCGGCUACGACAAAAGAGGCGGCGCGGCGCGCAUAGCCGACGGCUCGGUGCUCUUCGUCAACUGGCAAGGACGCGGCGAAAAUAUCCGCACGACCUACUUCGACCGCAAGUACCCGAAUGCGAUAGCCGACGGCUCCGUGACGUGGUGGCCUCCGAAGAACUUCGACGAGGAACGGCUGUCGGAGCCGCUCCACCUAUUUGGCCGACGAGGCAAGAGCAGUUUCCUGUACCUCGGGCGCUUGUUAUACGUCGGACCGAUGGCGCAAGCCGGCACCGCGCCCGGAGGUUUAGUAUUGAAGCUCCUCGACGCGGAAGAGCUCGAGCGGCGCGCCGACGACGGCGACGCGCAGCCCGGGCUGCGGGCGCUGCUCGACUCCGCGGCCGCUGUUGUUUAAGAAGCUAGUGUUGGGGCAAUCUGACGUUGUCUGGG